AUGUUUAUUCCUUGCUUAGAGAAUUUCUUGAAUGACAAUGGGCUUAGUGAUGAACUUCUGGUUGGAGAGCCUUAUCAGUUGGAUGGCGCUGUUGUCGAGCUAGGCCCUAAUUUUAUUGAUUUUGGCAGUGGAAGCAUCUUGAAGAAUAGCAGCUCGCUUUAUCAGAACACCACCCUUCUGAGUGGUGAUUCUGUUGAUCCGUCCAAUUGCUCCUCGGUUGGAAGGCGUCAAGAGGCAAGUGAUAAAAAAAGGAAGAGAUUUGAUGAUGCAUCUCGGUUAACUCUCACAGAGAAUGCAGACAUUGAGCACAGGAGCAAUGAAAUCACUGAAUAUGAAAAUGAGGAUAAGUUAGCCACAAAUCAGUUGCCAAAAGUUGCUACAACCAGCAGACACAGCCUUGCUGAAAGAAUUAGAAGAGAAAGAAUAAGCGAACGAAUGAAAGUUCUUGAAGAUCUUGUUCCUGGAUGUGACAAGAUCACUGGGAAGGCAAUAAUGCUUGAUGAGCUCAUCAAUUAUGUACUAUCAUUGCAACAUCAGGCUGAGGAUAAGCUCUGUGGCAGCUUGCUUACCUAG